AUGCCGCGCUGCGUGCGCUAUGGUGCAGAUAAUAUAAAGGAGGAAAACUUCAUCCUGCCAGAGUCGGUGCUGAAAGAGCUGCAAGAGGAGGCGUCGGUGAUGACGCGCAUGAGGCAUCCUAAUGUGGUUUCUUUCAUGGGACUCUCUCUCAUGCCACCGCUCAUUGUGACAGAGUUUUGUGAGAAAGGCUCUCUAUAUGAUGUGCUGCGGCGAGCACGGCAGGCGGACAAGGCAGCUGAGCUGACGUGGCAGCUGCGCAUCCAAAUGGUGCGCCAGCCCGCCUGCACGCUGCUGGGCAACUGGGCACUGCUGAUCGCGCUUGAUGCGGCUCGCGGCCUGCUGUACCUGCACCGUCGCUCACCACCCAUCAUCCACCGAGACGUGAAGAGCCCCAACCUGCUGGUGGAGCAGCAUUGGCGGGUCAAAGUAGCGGACUUCAACCUCAGCAAGAUCCUGGGCGCGGCGGGCGACACCGAGGGCCCCAGCAACCCCAUCUGGCUGGCGCCAGAGAUAGCGCUGAAUGAUGCGGAGGCGACAGCGGCGUCAGAUGUCUACUCGUUUGGGAUGGUGCUGUACGAGCUGCUGACCUGGAAGCUGCCCUGGGAGGGCUACAACGCGUUCCAGAUCAUGUUUGCGCUUGGCGCUGGGCAGCGGCCAGAGUUGCCUCCUCGCAUCGCGCUGCCUGGGCCCGACUCGCUGAGCUUUGCUGGGCUGGAUGCAUACUGCGAGCUGAUGAGGGACUGCUGGGCUGAGGAGCCUGGCGACCGGCCCACGUUUGAUAACAUUGUGCCACGCCUGGACAGCCUGGUGCAUCGCGGGGACAUACCCAGCAGCAUGUCAUCCCACGGCAAGCCACGCGGCGGCAGCCAGAAGAUGGACGAGGCGGACGAGGAGUGUGGAUCCCCCAUCAAGCGCUGGGGCACGGCGCCCAUCAUGUGA